CCGGAAGUGGCGGUGGGCACUUGGCCCCGCCCCCUGCAAGCAGGCCCCGCCCCCCCGGCGCCAUGGGGCCCCGGCGGCUGCUGCUGCUGCUGGCGCUGGCGUGGGCGGGGGGGGCGGCGCCGGGCCGCUACGCCCCCGGCGACCCGGUGCCCCUCUACGUGGCCACCGUGGGGCCCUACCACAACCCCGGCGAGACCUACGGCUACUACGCCCUGCCCGUCUGCCGCCCCCCGGGCCCCGCCCCCCGGCCCCGCCCCCCCGCCAUGGCCGCCUCCCUCUACCGCAUCCGCUUCCGCCGCGACGCCCCCCGCGCCCCGCUCUGCACCCUGCGGCUCGGCCCCGACGAGGUGGAGCAGCUGCGGGCGGCCGUGGAGGCCCUCUACUACUUCGAGUUCGUGGUGGACGAGCUGCGGGUGCGGGGCUUCGUGGGGGCGGUGGAGGAGGGCGGGGGGCCGCCCCACGGCCGCCGCCUCGGCCUCUGGACCCACCUCGACUUCCACCUGGCCUGGCGGGGCGACCGCGUGGUGGCCGCCAACCUCAGCACGGGCUCCGCCCGCCCCCGGGGGCUGCCCCGGGGCCCCCUGGCCCUGACCCACACGUAUGGGGUGCGCUGGAGCCGGGCGCCGGCGGGGCGGGGCCGGGCGCAGGCCGCCGCCCUCCGCCGGCCCCCCCCGGACCUCCACCGCUUGGCCUUGCUCAACGGGGCCGCGCUGGUGGCCCUGCUGGGCGGCUUCGUGGCCGUGGUCCUCCUGCGGGUGCGGCGCAGCCAGGGGGCGCCGGCCGGCGGCCGCGGGGAGGCGGCGGCCAUCUUGGAGGACCCCGACGGCGGUUGGAAGGCCGUGCGGGGCGACGUCUUCCGGCCUCCGCCGCGGCCCGGGCUGCUCAGCGCCUCGCUGGGCGCCGGCUGCCAGCUCCUGGCCUUGGGGGCCGGGGGGCUGGCGCUGGGCGGGGCCGGGGGGCGGGGCCAAGGCCCGGGCGGGGCCGCCGCCCUCCUCUACGCCCUCACCGCCCCCGCCGGCUACGUGGCCGGCGGCCUCUACCGUCGCCUCGGCGGGCGCCGAUGGGUGGCCAAUGGGGUGCUCACCAGCGGCAUCUUCGCCGGGCCCUUCCUGGUGACCUGGAGCGUGGUGAACGCGGUGCACUGGGCCCACGGCUCCACCCGGGCGCUGCCGGCCGCCGCCGGGGGGCUGCUGCUGGCCACGUGGCUCCUCCUGGGCCUCCCAUUGGUCCUCCUGGGCGCCGCCGCCGGGCGCAGCCGGGCCGGCCCCCUCGAGGCCCCCGGCCGCCCCAAGGGCGCCGCCCGGCCCAUCCCGCCCCAGCCCUGGUACCGGGCCACUCUGGUCCACGCCGUCGUUGGAGGCUUCCUCCCCUUCAGCGCCGUCUCGGUGGAGCUCCACUACGUCUUCGCCACGGCGUGGGGCCGGGAGCCCUACGCCCUCGACGGCGACCUCCUGGCCUGCGUCUGCGCCGUGCCGCUGGCCGUGGGCGCCUGCCUCUCCGUGGCCCUCACCUACCUGCAGCUCGCCGGGGAGGACUUCCGGUGGUGGUGGCGCCCGGCCCUCGGCGCCGGCUCCGCCGGCCUCUUCCUCCUCCUCUACGCCCUCUUCUACUUCUGCUGCCGCUCCAACAUGUCCGGCCCGGUGCAGACGGUGGAGUUCUUCGGCUACUGCCUGCUGGCGGCCUACGCCGCCGCCCUCGCCAUGGCCGCCGUCGCCUUCUUCGCCUCCUUCACCUUCGUCCGCUACAUCUACAUCAACCUCAAGAUGGAUUGAGGCGGGUCCGGGGCGCAGGCGCAAGAUGGCCGCCCCCCCCGUGCUGCGGCGGAGGCGGGGCCGGUCUGCCCAAGAUGGCCUCCUUCGCCUGCCCGAGGCGGCCGUCGGGUCUGCCCAAGAUGGCCGCCUUCACCUGCCUGAGGUGGCCAUCGGGUCUGCCCAAGAUGGCCUCCUUCGCUUGCCCGAGGCGGCCGUCGGGUCUGCCCAAGAUGGCUGCCUUCACCUGCCUGAGGUGGCCAUCGGGUCUGUCCAAGAUGGCCGCCUGCCCCCUCUGCCCACCGCAGCUCAAGAUGGCCGCCCCCCAUGGCAGCAUCCGUGGGGCGAGGCCAUUUUGGGCCCCCCCCCGCACACUUCCCCUCCCCCUUGCUGGGAGGGGCCGCCUCCCAUUGGCCGGCGUUGGCCAAUCGGGACACGGGGCUGUGUCUGGAGGCCUCUCUGCAGAGUCUAGAUGAGUCUCUAUGGUCCCCCCAGGCCUUGGAGGUCUGUCUAGGCUGCCUAAAGGAGUCUCUAUGGUCCCCCCAAGCCAUUGGGGACUCUCUAGGCUGCCUAGAGGAGUCUCUAUGGUCCCCCCAGGCCAUGGAGGGUCUCUCUGGGCUGCUUGGAGGAGUCUCUACAGUCCUCCUAGGCCAUGGGGGUCUCUCUAGGGGGAUCUCUAUGGUCCCUGCAGGCAGGUAGGCCAGUCUGGACGGUCUGGUUGGGUCUCUAUGGUCUCCUUGCGCCCUGGAGGCCUUUCUGGACCAUCCAAAAUGAGCCUCUCUUUCCCCCGUAGGCCAUGGAGGCCGCUCUGGACCCUCAAGGUGAGUCUCUAUGGUCCUCCCAGGCGGGCGGGCCUCACGGACGGCCCCGUUGGGCCUCCGUGGUCGCCGUUCUGGAGCCUCUAGACGAGUCUCUAUGGCCACCACGGGGCUGAGGGGGCGGGGCUUGGGGGCGGCGCUCUGAUUGGUCGCUCCGUGUCGGCGUUUGGUAAUAAAAAAGGAGGAAAA